AUGGCAGCGAACACGCGUGCGUUCUUCACCGACUUCCCAGACUUCAAGCCCAACCCAGACUCCUCAGUGAGCGAUGAGUUCAAACGUCUAGCAAACUACAGAAAAUGGAAGACCGGCUUAAAAACCUGGCGCAAGAUGUGGAACCGAUGCAUGGCCCUGGAGUACGAUAGACUGCUUGGAAAGAAUCUCAGCGGACUUCAGAACUGGCAGCAAUUGUGCGAGGAGAUGGACCUGAAAGGACCAUUCACGUCUACCAAGCAAUGCAAGCAGGCUUUGUCCAAGGUAUAUGUCAAUAUCGUGGAUCUUGUCGAUUGUCGUAUUUUGAAGAAGAAACCGACAAAGUUCCCAAGUCCUCAGGGCAUUGGAGAAGUAUACCAGGGAAACAGGAAGAGUCUUUAG